AUUCGAAAUUUUGCAAACGAUAUGUCACAUCUUGCCCGCAACUGACCGACCAGAUGAAGCUGGAUAUCAUUGAGCUGGACCUAAACAUCGCUUCAACGGCACUUGUGAUUUAUCGUCAGCAUAACAGCGAUUCUUGUGCUUGGCACACUCAUUUGGCACAAGCAGAUGGUGAUCAAUCCACACAUUCCAUAAUCCCAGCAAUAAAAGAUACUGUGGGUUCGAUUUAUAGUCCAUCAUACCCAGGACUACAGUUCCCUUGAUGUCUAACCACAUAAAUUUUCAAACAGUUAUCAAAAUGGACCAGAGGUUGUUACUGAGAGUCAUCAUCGCUGAAGAUGAUAUAAGGAAGUUGACUUUAAAUAAGAGACCACAGUCCAUUGAAGAAUUCAAAGUGCAACUGGUGGAUAAACUGUUACUGCAGUAUGACUUUAAACUGCAGUAUGAAGAUCAAGACUUCAAUAAUGCCCUCUGCAAUUUGACUGAAAUAACUGAUUUACCUGAAAGAGCUACAGUCAAAAUCAUCCCUCUUGUGACUCUCCAUUUAACAGCAUUGUCAUCACCCACCACAACAUCAGACACUGAGGGCAGCACAGCAGACACUGAGAUCCUUUCGCCUGUAGGAGCAUCACCAUCGCUAAGACAACAGUGGCCAGAGUUCUUUGACAUACCCAAUUUCUCAGUAGAUGUUGAGUAUAGGCUCAGACAGGCAGAUCUUGCCUAUAUGAAAGAUGAAACACAUAUGACUCUACCACGAGAUAUGAAGCAUGACAUACUAGAAAAGCUUGCUGAGACGAUGUACAGUUUCAAGGCUUACCCUGACGAUGAUGACUUCAGCAGUGUUGCAAAAGCACUGAUUAGCAAACACCCCUGCCUCACUGAGCCUGGACUACACAGAUGGUAUGGCUGGAAAAAUAGCCUUGAAUUUAAGAUGGCCAAUUAUCGCACAAAGCUUCGAAAAGCUGGAUGUGAGGAUGUAGCAAUCAAUGGAGGCAAAAGAAGUAAAGGCAACCCAGAGGGAGAAUCCUCAAGCAAGAAUAUCAAGCGGCCAAGAAGAGGUGAAGCAAACUACCUGCCUAACUUACCUGAAGGACAUGAUGAAACAAGUCUAGAAAAUGCCAGAAUGGUUCUAGUGGAAGAAAUGAAGAAAAAACAACCAAAUGGCACUCUCAUUUCACAAAUGAUGGACCAAUCAUUCCCACUACGCAGACAAGAAAUUGUAAAAAAGGUGCCUGCUGUACAGAACAUGGUUGAACGAUGGCCAGCACUCUUCAUAGAGAGACAGGUGUUUGCUGAGUUUAAUAGAAUCGCCAGUAAGAAUCUUGAGGGAGACUUCUUUGAGGCUCUGGACCAGUAUGCCCCACGUUACAUUGAACUUUUCAAAACAAAAAAGGGAACUAUUGGCCAGAAACUCAGGGAGCUGAUGCAGCACAUGAGCUGGAUGACACCAGACGUCACAGUACUUCGCUCUGUUGUCCUCAAAGGCAUUCCCAUUUUACUCGGUGAUGACUCCAGUGAAUUCUACAAGACCUGCUCUGAUACAGAGAGAGACGAGGCCCUAGAAUGCAUCACUGUUGGUGUGCUGACAGUUGUCAGUGAAGAUGGUCCUCACGAGGGUCAAAGCUCAGUGGACCUCCAGCCCAUCUCCACUGCCAUCAUUCUGGAGGGAGGUAUUGUCAUGGAUCAUAUUAAAAACUUGCCUCAGGCAGUUUGUCUUUUGUUUGGUCUUACAUAUGCAUUGCAUUUGGAUUACCCAAAAUGCAUGGCAAAUACACUCAACUUCAUUCAGACUGUGAUGCUUGGACUGGGAAAGAAAAACCUCCCACCAAAACUGUUAACUCUGAAGAACAGUCUUCUGGGUUAGAACAGUAAAGAGCUGCCGGCUGUCAGAUAGCACUUUGUAAGCUUUGCAGCCAUUAAUGUUCUCUUAUCAGAG